AUGACAAACAAUCUCGUUGUUCUGCAUAUUACUCGCUUACCCAAAUAUUUUGGACCAUCUGAAUUGCGAAAAUACAUUGAGCAAUUUGGAAAAGUUCAUGAUCUUCAUAUACCAAAGUCUAGAAAGACUGGUAAAUGGAAAGACAGUGCUUUUGUCCGAAUGUCGAAUGAAGUCGCUCCUCUCGUAUCCUCGACAUUAAACAACUUGCUGCAACUCAACAAAAUAAUAAAGUGUGAAAUCUUACCAGACAAUAAAAGACUGUUUCGAACAAGUAAAUACCUACGAAGUUCAACUCGUGCAUCACAUGAAGAAAAUCAAACCAUAGCGACAAUAAAACGUGUUACAGCCCUGAACGUCCUCAAGGGAAAGGAUUUUACCAAUAGUUCAGUAAGAAAAUCAUUACCCCAAGCUGUCCGAAGGCGUAAACAUAACUUUCAGAAACGACUUGCAGCAAUCAAAAAGACCAACUUGAAUUUCAGAUUUCAUGAAGCUAAUAUAUCAUAA